GAAGCAAAAGCCCACACACAUUCAUCCUUGGCGCGAGAACAGAGAUCCUCGAAUGGCAUCGGUUGCUCCUCCCUCUUCUUCCGUUGGUUAGUGGGUAGUUCGUUUGGUUGGUUGGCCUGUGGGUCCCACAAUUCUAGGCCCCGAGAUGGAAUGAGAGCCAGCCCAACUUUGGAGUUAGUCUUGGUGAACAUUGGGACCGUCAAGGUCUUUACCAAGCAUGAAUUGGCAAUUGAAGACAUCAUGGAAAGUGCUGGUUUUAUUAUUAGCCCUCCAAGUUGCGUCAUUCCUGCCUGAGACAGCCAGAGGUUACGCAAUCGAUGAUGAUGGGCGUAACCCAAGGAGUGGCGACGAGAAUCCACAGCCUUACUAUGAAGACCCAUUGGACGAGUUUUCGAUCAAUGGGUACCCACAAAUCGGACCUUUUGGCGACGAUUAUCUAUCCCAACCAGAUAAUCAUUAUGACUACUUUGAAGACAAGGAUGGCCCAAUCUCGUCCGAAGAGGAAUCAGCUGAAUCAGCUGAACAUCCAGGCUCGCCGCUCAUGUUGGAAAACCACACCGAUGACGAGGGCUCCUCUGCAGAGGAUCUAAAAACGGUUCAAAAGCGCUCGUUUAUGUCCUCUUGGUUUCCCCCCAAAUUCGUCCCUUCAAAGGAAAAGUUCAGAAGGAGCGGGCGGUACAGCAUGUUUCCCAAUGAGUUCGUCAAGAGGCGGCUUUGCAUUCGGCCAACAAUGAGCUGCAAUCUAAGACCGAACUCGUGUUGUCCAAGCACGACUUGUCGGUGCAACUUGUGGGGACAGAACUGCAGAUGCCUUCGUAUGGGAUUGUUUCAAAGGUGGGGAUAGAGCACUAUGAACCCAACAAUCAAAGCCUCUUGAUGAAGAUCAACAAUACCUCGCCCAAUCAAUUGGCCUUUCUUCCCAAGGUCAUAGAACUGAAAAAGAACAACUUGAAGAGGCCAUCUUAGGGUUGGGGAAUGAAGAUCGACUAGCUUUCAUUUUGUAGAGUAAACUUUAAUGUUUUGUUAAUUCUAUAUCUCCACCGAAAGAAAGAAAACCUCUGGGUUAUCUUUACCUUCAAACCCUCUGAACAAUGAUGAGUGAAUGUAGGCGGGUUCAGCUAUCGAUUCUAGGAGACACAAAGCUAGGGAUGGGCCAGAGUUCUGGUUCAAGCUCUAUAUUGGACAGUCAAGUCUCAGCUCUGACUAAUCCCUAGCCACUUGAUUCCAAUAUUCGAUAGCUGACCUUGUCGUUACUGAGUGAGCUUGAUUUUGCACACUUUGAGCUUUAUCCUUUCGGUAUUUACCGAAUAGUAUCGUUCAAUGGUGACAUAUCAAGACACACCGCCGUGUUAUUUUUCCAUAUACUAUAUUUAUUGUUGUGAAAUGAAUCUUUCUUGUUAUGCCA